CUAAAUAAAACUUGAUCUACUGCCCUAACAUCUCUUCCGCUCUCCAAUUGAUCUUGCACUCGUUCCGUCUUUUUAAGUACUGAUCCAUCCACGUUUCUCACAAUAUCAGAUACUCACCAUGUCCAUUCGGCUGCCAGUAGGAAUACUCUGGCGUGCCUCGCUAAGAGCUGCGCCUCUUUCGCGGGUAGCAAAUCAAGCCCCUCAAUGGACACGGAACUAUGCUGUCACGUCUAACGAUAAAAGAACAGCCAUUGUCACAGGUUCUGCACGUGGAAUCGGCAAAGCCAUUGCCUUGAGAUUAGCAAAUGACGGAUACGAUGUCUGCAUCAAUGACAUUGCAGCCAACAAGUCCGAGGCUGAACAGGUCGCCAAAGAGAUUCGGGAUAUAGGCCGCAAGUCCAUAGCACACACUGCCGAUGUAUCAAACUUGAGCGAAGUUCAGUCAUUAGUGCAAGCAUCAGUGUCCGAGUUGGGACCACUCAACACAAUGGUAGCAAAUGCCGGAAUCGCCCAGGUCAAAGGCCUGCUUGACCUGACAGAACAGGACUUCAAGCGCAUGUUCGAAGUAAAUGUCUACGGCGUAUACAACUGCUACUCAACCGCCGCCAAGCAGAUGAUUUCGCAGGGAACCGGAGGCAAGAUUCUCGGCGCAGCCUCCAUCGUAGCAUUCAGGCCCUUUCCACUACUCUCCCACUACAGCGCUUCCAAAUACGCCGUCCGCGGACUCACUCAGGCUUUCGCUAUGGAGAUGGCACAGCACAAAAUAACAGUCAACGCGUACGCACCUGGUAUUGUCGGCACGGCCAUGUGGGAACUGAUUGACGAGAAACUGGGCGAACUGACUGGGGCAAAGAAGGGCGAGACAAUCAAAAAGUACACCCAAGACCUGAUUGCGCUGGGCAGGACGAGUGUGCCAGAGGAUGUUAGUAGCACUGUGAGUUUUUUGUGUAGCAAGGAUAGCGAUUACAUGACAGGCCAGACGAUUGUUAUUGAUGGAGGUAUCAUUUUUACGUAGAUGGAUGUAACUAUGUGCGGAUGCUCUGUUAUUGCGAUUGUUCAUGCGACAUCCACCAAACGACUUGGACAGGGCGAACGAAAUUGAAGUGUCUGGAUCGUUUGUUGUUUCUUCAUCAAUACAGGUACAAAUACCGCAUAAUUCCAUCUCCACCAAAAAAAUCAGUGUAACACAC